AUGCAGGCUUCCAGGAGUCAUAUAGCUGGUUCAUACGAGGACGAGGAAGGCAAGAUCGUAGUCGAUCUCACAGUAGCUUCUGACAAUGUGUUCUUUUUCUUCCCGCCGGACGACCAGGAGAACACCCCCAAAACACUUCUACAACGAAACAAAUUGCUCUCUGAUAUGUACCGCUGGGUCUUCGACCCUAAGGCCCCGACCAAUACCCGUGUGCAGCCAGCCAAAGUGUUCGGUGCAAAUGGCGAAUUCUCACGCGUCGACGACCGAGUCCUCACAAAGAAAUACAAUCAUUUCUGGCAAUGCAACAUCGAUCCUACGAAGCCGUAUGACGUGGCGAAAUGUGGUCCGCCGGCGGGCGGGCUGUUCAAUGUCUUGGGCCACUUCGAAUGGGAUACUGGGAAGCAAGACACAUGGUGGGCAGGACCGACAUGUACUUUCCAAGAGCCAGUCUUUGUUCCCAAAGCUGGCUCGACCACCGAGGGCGAAGGAUACCUCAUAGCACUACUCAACCACCUCGAUGUACUUCGGAACGACAUCCUCAUCUUCGACGCGCAGAAUUUGACCCAGGGGCCGCUCGCCGCAAUCCAUCUACCUGUCAAGCUGAGACUGGGUCUACACGGUAACUUUGUGGAGCAGAAGGAAAUUGAUGAUUGGGCCGAAAGGAGGAAAGAAGGUGGCGAAGUAGGUCCUGCAGUGCCAGCGAAGGACAUGUUGCCUUGGCAGAAGAAGAUCGAGUUCCCAGAUACUGCUGGCGUGCUUGCCUGCGAAGAACAUUUCUACUGCAACGACUGUGCCAUUGAAGUAUUCCACCGCUCAAUGAUCUACCUCAACGAGUUCCCAGCUUCGUGCUGUUCGUGCUCUCGCAAUGGAUUACCGCCAGCUCUCUUCACGGAAUUGCUUGGCCAGGAGUUCAUGGAUGAGUACCUUUUGAAGCUGAGCAAGUACUACACUGCCGAGGCGAUUCGAGUUUUCUGCUUCAUCUGCCUACUCCCGUGGGUGAGUUUCCACUUAGCCUGGGGUUGUCCUGCACACGGCGAUCCUCCCGAGGGCUACGACGACGAGGGCUUCGAACGUAGUCCGCGCGGCAUCCAUCUCCUGACUGGACGCAAUCGUGAGGGGAAGAAUGGCCAUGAGAUGCCAAAUGGCAUAGGUCCUGAUUCAUACGAAGACUCCGAAGACGAUGACGCUGACGCUGACGCUGACGUUAACUUGUUUCACGCACACUACCUCGCCGCACGGGAAGAAGCGCAUACCCAGCGAGAGGCAUUGUACGACCACCACCUUGCCGGAAUGAACGAGUGGAUUCAACAACGCGACGAGUGUCUCGAGGAGCGCGAUGAGCAAAUUGAGCAGCUGUGCCUUUACCUCGAGGCUAUCUCCCAAGCACUGGCGCCCGAAACCGAUGAGCACGAAGCUGACCCAGGCGGAUUGGCUCGCUACCAACAACUGCUGAACCUCUUGGACAACGAAGGUGAAGCAGAUGUUUUGGUCGAUGCUGAAGAGGAGACGGAACAAGAGGAUACCCUCGACUUCGGCCUCAAGAUGAUGUUCGAGGACGAGCAGACGCUGCACGACAAGCGUCAUCCUACCGUUAAAGUGCUUGGCUCCGCGACAUCGGGUAUGCUUCAGUGCUCGAUCGCGGCUCAUGUGAAUCCGUUUUCGAUUCUGGACGAGGCAGAUGAGGAGUAA